AUGUUCCAGAAAUUUACCGCUCUACGCAAAAGAAAAUAGGUCCUAACUCAUAUUCUCUAGCAGGUAUAUUUAUUUCAUAUAAUGAAUAAACAAACUUAGUAAAUAUGUUGUUUUUAUCAGAAAAAUAAUAGCAAGUAACUACUGCUGCAUAUUCUUUAUUGAUGAAUGAAGAACUAUUUCAAUGCAGGAAGUGCGCACUAAUCCUGUCCUUUCUCGCGUGGUCCAGAAUAUUCCCCAUUUAAUCUUUUAAGUGCUGGAACAAAGCCGCGAGGUUUCUAGCUUCACGCAAAAACAUCAAAGAAACAUCAGUCACUCGGUUACACAUUACCCAAGGAAAUCAUAAAACAUAAAAUAUGCCUGAGCCAGGAGCGCAACCGCAAGAAGAUAGCGAGGCUGAGACCUUCGCCUUUCAGGCUGAGAUUGCUCAGUUGAUGAGCUUGAUUAUCAACACAUUUUACUCAAACAAAGAGAUCUUUCUCAGAGAAAUAAUCUCAAAUGCCUCUGAUGCCCUUGAUAAAAUCCGUUAUGAGAGUCUCACAAACCCCUCACAAUUGGAUACUGGCAAAGACCUGGAGAUCAAGCUUAUCCCUGAUGCUAAUGGCAAAACAUUGACCAUUUGUGAUACUGGAAUUGGCAUGACUAAAGCUGAUUUGGUGAACAAUCUAGGAACAAUUGCAAAAUCUGGAACCAAAGCCUUCAUGGAGGCACUUCAGGCCGGCGCUGAUAUUUCCAUGAUUGGUCAAUUUGGUGUUGGUUUCUACUCUGCAUACCUUGUUGCUGAUAAAGUGGUUGUCACAUCAAAGAAUAACGACGAUGAACAGUAUAUUUGGGAAUCCUCUGCUGGUGGCUCUUUCACCAUCAAGCGCGAUGAUGGACCUGAUAUAGGCAGAGGCACCAGAAUCACUCUUUACAUCAAGGAAGACCAACAAGAAUACAUUGAGGAAAAGAGGAUCAAGGAGAUUGUGAAGAAACAUUCCCAGUUCAUAGGCUACCCAAUCAUGUUGCAUUGUGAGAAGGAACGUGACAAGGAAAUCAGUGAUGAUGAAGAUGAUGAAGAGGAGAAGAAGGAAGAAACUACAGAGGGUGAAGAAAAGAAGGAGGAUGAUGAAAAGCCAAAGAUAGAGGAUCUUGAUGAGGCUGAUGAAGAAGAUUCCAAGAAGAAGAAAAAGAAAACUAUCAAGGAAAAAUACACCGAAGAUGAAGAACUGAACAAAACAAAGCCAAUCUGGACACGUAACUCUGAUGAUAUCUCCCAAGAAGAGUAUGGAGAAUUCUACAAAUCUCUCACCAAUGAUUGGGAAGAUCAUUUAGCAGUGAAACACUUCUCAGUUGAGGGACAGCUCGAAUUCAGGGCUCUGUUGUUCAUCCCCAAGCGUGCUCCAUUUGACAUGUUUGAGAACAAAAAGAAAAAGAACAACAUCAAGCUCUAUGUCAGGAGAGUGUUCAUCAUGGACAACUGUGAUGAAAUUAUUCCAGAGUACCUCAACUUCAUGCGCGGUGUUGUUGACAGUGAAGAUCUUCCAUUGAACAUAUCUCGUGAGAUGCUCCAGCAGAGCAAGAUCCUCAAGGUCAUCAGGAAGAAUCUUGUCAAGAAGGCUAUGGAACUGUUUGAGGAAAUUGAAGAAGACAAAGACUCAUACAAAAAGUUCUACGAACAAUUCUCCAAGAACCUGAAGCUUGGAAUCCAUGAGGACUCAACCAAUCGUAAGAAGAUUGCUGGCUUGCUCCGCUACCACAGCUCCCAAACUGGAGAUGAUAUGACCUCUCUGAAGGACUAUAUCUCAAGAAUGAAGGAAGGACAGAAACACAUCUAUUACAUCACAGGUGAAACUAGAGAUCAGGUUGAACACUCUGCAUUCGUAGAGCGAGUAAUCCGCCGUGGCAUGGAAGUGCUAUACAUGGUGGACCCAAUUGAUGAAUAUGCUGUGCAGCAGCUUAAGGAGUUUGAUGGCAAGACACUCACCUCUGUUACCAAAGAAGGUCUUGAGCUCCCUGAAGAUGAAGAGGAGAAGAAGAGAUUUGAAGAAGCCAAGGCAUCAUUUGAGAAUCUUUGCAAGGUCAUGAAGGAUAUCCUUGACAAGAAAGUGGAAAAGGUUGUUGUAUCCAACCGUCUUGUAACAUCACCCUGUUGUAUUGUCACAAGUCAGUAUGGUUGGUCAGCCAACAUGGAGCGUAUCAUGAAGGCCCAGGCCCUCCGAGACACUGCCACCAUGGGAUAUAUGGCAGCCAAGAAACACCUGGAGAUCAACCCAGAUCACUCUAUUCUUAAGACUCUGAAAGAGAAAGCAGAUGCUGACAAAAAUGAUAAAUCUGUGAAAGAUCUCGUCAUGCUGUUGUUCGAGACCUCUCUGCUAGCUUCAGGAUUCUCACUAGAGGACCCAGCUGUACAUGCAUCUCGAAUCCAUCGUAUGAUCAAACUUGGCCUAGGAAUUGAUGAGGAGGAUAUCCCUGCUGAAUCAGCUGAAGCUCCAGCUGAUGAGAUGCCUCCCCUAGAAGGUGAUGAUGAGGAAGAGUCAAGAAUGGAAGAAGUUGAUUAAAGGGCCAUCUAACCAGCACUUGGCAUACACAAACUGUUUAAGUAUAUGUCGACUUUACCUUUAGAAAAGUAUUUCUUCAUACUGCAGUUGACACUUUAACUCAUUUUUAUAGCCGGUUGUAUGUUUGUCUUUUUGUACCUGUUGUAUUGUUUUGUAUAUUGCCACAGUGUGAAAUAUAAUUUGUAUCAUGAUACUGUGAGAUGUGUGUUAGUAGGUGAAGAGAUUAAAAUGGACUGUGCAAAUCCAAUGUGAAAACCUUGUGACCGAUGAAGCAAAAACACCUUGCUAUCAUGAUAAAAAAAAUACUAGUUACUCCACAUGAAGACUUCAUGGAGUGUCAAUUGCAUUUCACCCUUUGCAAGAAAUUAUAUAUUUCAAGCCUCUUGGAAGUCUUAUAAGUGGGCUAUUAGAAACAAAAUAAAAAAUGAAAAAUCGUGUCUGAAAAAGCCAUAUAAAUCGGGCAUGAAAAAAAAUUGUAAAAUCUGACAAACAGCCAGACAAAAGUGAAAAAUCCUUUGAUGUUUAUUGAACUUUAGUACAACCAUUGUAUUUUAUUGUAUGAUGUAUAAUGGUAAAUACAACCAUGUUCAAAUAAA